UCUUCGUCAUUCCCUCCCAACCCUAGCCACGCGCGCGCGCCGCCGACGCCGCCAUGGCCGACUCCGGCGACUCGUCCCCGCACUCCGCCGCGGCUACGGACGACGCGCACCACGAGGGCUCGGAGGCGGCGGCCGCGGCCGCUGCGGCGGGGAUGGCGGCGGCGGCGGCGGCUGCUCCGCCGGUGCCGGUGCCGCCGGCGAAGGUGCGGCUGAUGGUGAGCUACGGGGGACGCAUCCAGCCGCGGCCGCACGACCACCAGCUGUCGUACGUCAACGGGGAGACGAAGAUCCUGUCGCUCGAGAGGCCGCUCCGCUUCGCCGACUUCGCCGCCCGCCUCGCGGGGCUCGCGGGCUCCCCGGGGGACUUCUGCGUCAAGUACCAGCUCCCCGGCGAGGACCUCGACGCGCUCGUCUCCGUCACCAACGACGAGGAUCUGGAGCACCUCGUCCUCGAGUACGACCGCCUCCACCUGCUCCGCCCCGCGCCGGGAUCUGGCGGCGGCUCCUCCCGCGGCGGUUCCACGCCGAGGCUGAGGGUUUUCCUCUUCCCCGUCCAGUCGCCGACGCCACCGCCGCCGCCGCAGCCGUCCGGCCUCCUCGAGCCGAAGCAGGAGCAACGUCACUGGUUCGUCGACGCGCUCAACUCCGUCCAUCCUCCGCCGCCACCGUCGCCACCGCAGCCGAAGCAGGAGUCGGUGUCCGUGCAGUCGCCACCUCCAACUGUUGUGUCGGUGCCGACGCCUCACCAGCCGGUGUUGCCAGCGCCGACGGGCCCCGACUACCUGUUCGGCCUCGACAACGGCUUCGUGCCACCGCCGGCGGUGAAGGUGAAGGACCCCGCCGGUGACCCGCCGACGGUGAAGGACAACGUCCCCGUCGAGAUGCCCCCCAAAAACGACGACCGCCACACCACCAACCCCGUAAGCGACCACGUCGUUGUCUCCCCUGCCGUUUCACCCGGCGAGUUCCAGCGUCAGAUCCAUGGCCUCGAGAAGCUACAGGUUACCGACACUGCAGCACAGCAGCCACCACCACCUGCUCCUGCAACGGCCGCUCCGCCGCCGGCUGCCCUACCGAGAAAUGGCAGCGACGACUCCCUCACCCGCGCCUACCCUCCCGCCACCGUCACCCCAACGCCGACAGCCACACCGGAGUACUACUUGCCCAAGUACCAGGAGAAGCCCACUGCCCCGCCUCCGUCAUCCGCUCCUCCAGCGACGGCCUUCCUGCCGGUGCCGGGCAGGUAUACAUCUGUUGCCCCUGCCUCUGGCGCUGACCAUGGCCCUGUCUUCUUCAUCCCCGCGCCGCCGCAUGGUUACUUCACCACCGCCGCAGGCCACGGCGCCAACUCCUUCCCCGCCGUCUACGCCGUCGCACCGCACAAUGGCAAUGCCAACGCAAACGGCAACGGCCCUUCCUCCGCCGCGUCAAAUGCCCAGGCCUACGCGCAGCAAAUGGCGUAUGACAGCAAUGGCCGCGCCAUCUACUACACCAGCGUCCUCCCCCAGUACGCUUCCGCUGUCAAUGGCGUACCGGCGCCGGCGACAGUACUCGGCACUGACCCCGCCAAGCCAGUGGCGGUGAAACCAACAGUUUCCUGAGCAGCAUCUUACCGUCGAUGGGUUAAAAACUAAAAAGAGUUUGGCAAUUUUCAGUCAGUCCGUCAAUACGCGUUAAUAUGUUAAGUUGGAUUCGUUAUUGUCUCUAGUAUUUACUACCUAUAAUAUUCUUUUUCUCUCUCUUUUGUUUAGAGUUUUUGUUUUGGCCUUCAGGGUUCAUGAUGAUAUGCAACUAGAGUUCUUGGUGUGCUCAGAUGUACAUAGUCUUUGUGGACAUAAUGGAUAUUAUAUUAGCCUAUUGGAUGAGUUCAUUAACAAAUGUCUUAAGUUGUUACUGCU